UAACUACAAAGUCUGCUGUAGAUAUGCCGGAACCAUUAAUAAUUGAAAAAUCAUCAAUAUUAGGAAAUAUAGUGAAUAGAGAAGAUAUUCAAAAAGAUGAAAUAUUAACAGAAAAUUUAGAAAAAAAUACUGCAGAAACACUAGAAGUACAAAACAAUGAAAACUCAUUAGAUGUAAUAAAAGAGAAUAAAGCUAUACAAGAUACAGAAGUGACAUAUUCAACUAAUUUAUUUUAUUACAAGUGGAACAAUUCUCCAAAUUUAUUAUGUGAAGCAACUGUGGAAUAUCAGCCAACAGAAUCAUAUGAAAACUUUACAAAGGGUUGUCAGUGGUCUCCAGAUGGAACAUGCUUAUUAGUACCUUCUGAAGAUUUUAGAAUUAGAAUUUAUGAACUCCCUAAAGAAUUAUAUUCUGAGAAAAUUCCUUUAAAUUUAUCAUCUAAACACUUUUCAGCAGCAUUAACAGUAAAAGAAGGGGGACUUAUAUAUGACACUUGUUGGUAUCCAUUUAUGAAUUCAUGGGAACCUGCUACUUCUUGUUUUUUAAGUACAAGUAGAGAAAGUCCUAUACAUUUAUGGGAUGCCUUUAAUGGUGAAUUACGAGCAACAUACCGUGCUUAUAAUCAAGUUGACGAAGUAGAAGCUGCAAUAAGUAUUCAAUUUAUUGACACUGCUAAAGAAGUGUGGGCUGGUUUCAAAAAUGCAUUAAGAAUUUUUGAUAUGGAACAUCCAGGUCGUCAAACAAAUACUAUUCAGUUUAAAAGAGAUUUUCCAAAUAUAACAGGAAUAGUUUCUUGUAUUCGAGAAAAUCCAAUUAUGCCAGGAUUAGUUGCUUUUGGUACAUAUUCUAAAUAUAUUGGUUUAUAUAAAGAUGGACCAUUAUGUACUUUUAAGACAAGAAGUGGUGUAACCCAAAUUGAAUUUAGUCCUUGUGGAACAAAAUUAUUUUCAGCAGUUAGACGUAGUAAUGAAUUUUUAUGCUGGGAUCUUCGUAACCCAGGCACUGUGCUCUAUUCCCUUAAAGGACGUCAAUCUGAUACAAAUCAGAGAAUUCAAUUUGACAUUAUGCCUAAUGGAAAAGAAAUAGUCUCAGGUAGUACAAAUGGAGAUAUUAUAAUUUGGGAAUUACCACAAAACUUAGAUUGUAUAGAUCUUAAUACAGCAUAUGAAAUAAAGUUAUCAUGUGAUUGUAUAAAUGGAAUAAGUUUACAUAGAAGUUUACCAGUAGUUGCUACAAGCACAGGACAACGGUUUUGUGAUAGUAUAACAUCAACUAGAGAUAAUAGUGUUCGAUUAUGGUCAUUUUCUUAAUUUGACAAUGUGAUAAAUUAUUAUAAGAUGCAAAUGUUACUGUUACUACUCCAUAAAUGAAAUGCAAAAAUAAAUUCCAAGUACAUUUUUGUAUA